UCCCCGGGUCCCGAGGUGUGAUGGCACUGGAUUUAGUUGGAGGACCUGAUUUAACUGGGAAUUAGCUGAUACCGCCAUCAUGCCGGCCAAACCUGCCCCGAUCAAGAAGGCGGCGAAGAAGGAGUUACCUGAGAAGAAGGUGGAGAAGGCCCCCGAGCCGGCUCCUGAGCCCGAACCCGCUCCCGUCGAGCCCGAAGCCGCUCCCGCCGCCGUCGAGGAGGCUCCCCCUGCGGAGACCCCGGCCGAGGGCGCCGCGGAGGCCCCCGCAGAGGUGGUCGUCGAGGCUCCACCUCCACCUCCCCCUGCUGACUCUGCUGACGCGACCGAGGCUACCGCUGAUCCAGAAGCUAGCACUGACCCUGCGGCUAACGCUGACCCCACCGCUGAAACACCUGUCGCAGAGGAGCCCAAAGCGCCUACACCUCCACCGCCACCACCCAAAGAGCCAACCAGCGCUCCCCUGGAUCUGUUUAUCGAGGACAAGAACGACACGUCGGUGAGCAUCAUCUGGAGCCAGCCUGAGACCGUGGGAGACUCUGGCCUCGACGGGUACCUCAUUGAGGUGUGCAAGGAUGGAACCGAGGACUGGAAGGCAGUGAACGAGGAGCUGCACAAGUCCACCCGCUACGCCAUCAAGAACCAGACGACCGGCGACAAGCUGAAGAUCCGCGUGGUGGCGGUGAACGCGGGGGGUCGCAGUGCCCCCGGGGCCCUUCCCGAGGCCGUCCUGGUCAAGGAGGUGGCUGACCGUCCCAAGGUGCGUCUGCCUCGUUUCCUCAGACAGAGAUACGUGGCCAAUGUGGGGGCAAAGAUCAACCUCACCGUCCCCUUCACUGGCAAGCCCAAGCCCGUGGUGACCUGGACAAAGGACGGCCAGCCCCUGGACACCAAGCGGGUCCAGAUCCGCAGCACGGAGCGCGACAGCAUCCUGUUCAUCCGAGUGUCAGUGCGCGAGGACUCCGGCGUCUACGAGAUGUGCGUCAAGGUGGACGACUUUGAGGACAAGGCCACCCUGAUCCUGCAGAUCGUGGAGCUGCCCGGGGCCCCGGCCACUGCGAAGAUCGUGGACACCUGGGGCUUCAAUGUGGCCCUUGAAUGGACCCCACCGGUGGACAGCGGGAACACGGAAAUCAUUGGAUACACCAUCCAGAAAGCCGACAAGAAGACCGGAGACUGGUUCACUGUGUUGGACCACUACCACCGGAUGAAUGCCACCAUCUCAGACCUGGUCAUGGGCAACAUCUACAAGUUCAGAGUGUUCUCUGAGAACAAGGUUGGGAUGAGCGAGGACGCCGUGGUGACCAAGGGCGAGGCCAAGAUCCUGAAGACAGAUAUUGAUUACAAGCCCUUACCGUUCACCGAGCAUGACUACUCAGAGCCCCCCAAGUUCACCGUCUCCCUGGCUGACAGGGCCGCCACGGUGGGCUACAGCACCAAGCUGCUGUGCUCCGUCAGGGGGAGCCCCAAGCCUAAGAUCGAGUGGCUGAAGAACCAGAUGAUCAUCGGCGACGACCCCAAGUACCGGCAGAUCUGCGUGCAGGGGAUCUGCACUCUGGAGAUCCGCAAGCCGGGGAACUACGACGGCGGCGUGUACAUGUGCAGGGCCAAGAACAGCUGUGGAGAAGCCACCGUGCACUGCAAGCUGGAGGUCAAACAGCCAAUUAAUCCUGACGCCGAGAAGAAGUAGAUGGAUACGAUCAUUUCUAGAAGUGGAUGAUGCCUGAACAGCAAAGAAGAGGGUGCUGGAGUCCCGGAACAACAUGUACAUACAGCUGGAGAACACACGGUCAAACGGACUUCGCCCAUGUGGACUUUCUGAAUGUGUUUCUGUGUUUCCGAAGAUUAACCAUUCUUGUCUGCUUAUUUAUAUAUUUAUUAAUUUACAAUACCUCAUUAAGUCCUCAUUCACGUCCAAUGGAUCUGUUUGAUAGCCCAUCAGAACUUUCUCCGGUACAAUGGCAAUCCGAGGAGCGUCUAUCCCCAGUUGGUUCCUCAAUGGGUGUACAUUACAAAUUCUAACACAUUCAUUCACUGUUCCUCUCAUGAGAAUAUGUAACAUCUCUGUGUUUGUAACAAUAAAUGUGUUCAUUUUCUGGUUU